GUCGGCGAAGAACAACUGAACAAGGGCGGCGGAUUCUUCCAACUCUUGCGUUCGUCGUCUUCUACGCUUUGUCCUUCUCGAUCACGAGUUGGAAAUAAAGCUGUUCAAUUCGAGCCUUCAAAGGUAGGACGAACCAGAGGAUUCAGCUUCGAAGAGAAUUAGGGCAAUGGAGUGGCCUGCAUACUUGGAUGAGUACCAGAAGCUCGUCAUCAGAAUGAACACUCCCAGAGUUGUGAUCGACAAUGCUGUCUGCGCGACCGCCACUCUCGUCAAGGUGGAUAGCGCGUCGAGGGAGCACGGCGUUCUCCUGGAAGCCGUUCAGGUGCUGAACGACCUCGAUUUGACGGUCAGGAAGGCGUACAUGUCCUCUGACGGACGGUGGUUCAUGGACGUCUUCCAUGUCACCGACCAGUUCGGCCACAAGCUCAAUGAUGAAAGCGUCAUCUCCUACCUCGAGCAGUCUCUGGACGCCGGAAACCCGGAGACGAACAGAGAUCGCGGCUGCGAGGGCCUGACGGCGCUGGAGCUAACGGGGCCAGACCGCCCGGGCCUCCUCUCUGAGGUCUUCGCCGUGCUUGCCGAGCUCGAGUGCGACGUGGCGGGGGCGACUGUGUGGACGCACCGAGGCCGCAUCGCCUGCCUCAUUUUCGUCAAAGACGAGCUCACCGGCGCGCCCAUCGCCGACGCGCACCGCACCAGACGCAUCGAGUCCCGCCUCCGCCAGGUCCUCAACGCCGACGGCGCCUCCUGCAGCGCUGCAGUCGCCACCGCAUUCUUCUCCCACGUCGACCGCCGACUCCACCAACUCAUGCUCGCCGACCUCGACUACGACCACACCUCGCCGGCGUCGACGCCUUCCGCCGUCUCGGUCCAGAACUGGGCCGAGCGAGGCUACUCCAUCGUCAACGUGCAGUGCCGCGACCGGCCGAAGCUGCUCUUCGACAUGGUUUGCACGUUAACGGACAUGGAUUUCGUUGUCUGCCACGGCACCGUCGAUACUGCAGGCGACCAAACUCAACAGGAAUUUUACAUAAAACACAGAGAUGGCAGCACCAUCCGCUCAGAAGCAGAGAAGCAACGAGUGAUCCAAUGCUUGCAAGCAGCCAUCGAGAGAAGAGCAUCAGAGAGCACAAGAUUGGAGCUUUGCAUCAAGGACCGGCCGAGAUUGCUGUCAGAGGUGACAAGGACCUUCCGCGAGAACGGGCUUCUGGUGAUACGCGCGGAGGUGUCGACAAAGGGCGACAUGGCUGCCGACGUGUUCUACGUGACCGGCGCGGCCGGGCAGCCAGCGGAUCAGCGGGCGAUCGAAGCCGUGAGGGAAAGGAUUGGGUCGGAAUGGCUGAGGGUGAAGGAGGAGCAGUGCCCGCGGUUCCGCCACAAGGAGGAGUCGUCAUCGUCUAGCAAGAGGGGAGACGACGCCAUGGGCGCCGGUGUUGGGCUAUUCAAUUUAGGGAGCUUCGUGAUGAGGAACCUCCACAACUUGGGAUUGAUCAAGUCGUAGAUAGCCAUUGCUGCUGAUCCCAGUUGGAGAAAAGAUGUGGAAAUGGAAUUGUGAGCUCUUCACAGAGGCAUGCAUGAAAAACUAGAACUCACAAAAGGAAGAACAGAGACAAGGAAUUGAGAGAGACAGAGGAUUGAGUAAUGAUCCAAUCGAAGUGAUUUCCUUAAUAAAAGAUUGAGGAAAUGAUGGAUUUGAAAGGCCAUGUAUAAGCAUUGUAAACUAGCCAAAUUUAUUCAAAAAGGGAAAAAAAGAGAGUCAAGUUCUUUACCUGCUCAAAACUUCAAGACUUAUAUUUUCACUCUAGCAAUU